UCACAUUUCAAUUUGAUAAAUUUUUCUUUCGAAACAUAAAAACUCUUUUUCAAAAUCAAUUGUUGCUUUUAAUAACUCGCAAAGUUGAAUCAAGCAAAGUUGCAAUCAUGGCGGGCACUUCCAUAUUGGCAACCAUUUGUGCGGAACGUCUGACCAAAUUUCUAACGAGGUACAGCAAGGCUCAAUCCAGCCACACCUAUAGUCCAUUGAGAAGUAGUGUAACCAACGAGCUAUUCAAGCCCACAAAUGUGGUAAAUCCUCCUGCGCGGCCGGCGCCAGUUGAGCGCAAAUUUUCGCUCUGGCAGUCCAGCGAGAAUCACUUACAAAAACCCACUCUGGAGAAACCAAAGCCCAUGCACAACAUCUAUGGCUAUCCACUGGCCAAAGUCAAUAAUCAGCAACGAACUUUUGUCGAUGCUAUGCCUAUAAGAAAUCUGAUGAAUGUCUCUCGCACUUUUUUGGCAGCAAAUCAAUCCCCGCGCAUGUUCCACAAGUUGCAAACGGAUAGAGUCAAGACUUUGGCCAAAUACGCCAGCGUGUUGCAUCAAAAUAUUUCGACCCCCUUGCUGUUUCGUCAACCUCUAAAACUGUAGCUACCCUUAACUUUAAUAUUACUCAAGAGUUUCGUUGGCACUGCAACGUUCGAGUCCACAAUCGGCAGUACUUUGUUCACAGCAAGCAAUCUGAAGCUUGCUCUGAGCAGACUACAGUCAAUAGUGGCGCCCUCUGGCGGCGCAGCUGCAUUCUGUAGUAUAUUAAGGUAGAGAUUAGCACUGCAAGUAGAUGUUUGAUAUCGUUUUCAAGACUUUGUAAAUAAAUUAUCUAUCAUAAAGACA